UGCACAGUUCCAAUGAACACAGUCAUGGCAGCGCACUUUUGCCUGGAAUUCGCCCUUUGCGAUGAGAAGUAGACAUUAUUCCUAAACUCUCCGUUUAGUUAGAGCAUUGAUGUGUCAAGUUCACGGAAAUUAAAGUGCAGCUCACCUGACAGUGACAGCAGAAGGACUGGUAUGCCCGGUCCUUGCUGAUGGGGGUGAGCCGGCUUGAUGUGCUCUACCGAAGGCUCCUCCUCACCAAGCUCUUCAUCCAAGGAUGGGGAAAGCCAGAGGACCUGAAACGAAUAUUCGAGUUUAGGAAAAUCAUCGGCGAUCGGGAAAAAUGUAAGAACCUUGUCCCACGGGACUAUCCAGUUUUUAUCGACAAGGUGGAGGAUCACUCAGACUGCAGAAUUCACAGCGGCCACUUCAUUUCCCCGCUCGAACACUUUGUCCCGGGCAUUUUGCCAGCAGAGUCGGUGAAAGCCAGCUUUCAGUUUAUAGUUCCCAAAAAAUGGAAGCAGCACAGACCGGUGUGUAUCCAUCUGGCAGGAACAGGAGAUCACUUUUUCUGGAGGAGGCGGACUCUCAUGGCCAGACCCAUGAUCAAAGAGGCAGGAAUGGCGUCCCUGCUGCUGGAAAACCCGUAUUAUGGAUACAGAAAACCUAAAGACCAGAAGCGGUCCAGUCUGAAGAACGUAUCUGACCUGUUUGUGAUGGGCGGAGCUCUCAUACUGGAGUCGGCUGCUCUCCUGCACUGGUUGGAGAGAGAGGGCUUCUGGCCGCUGGGCAUGACCGGCAUCUCCAUGGGAGGCCAUAUGGCAUCUUUAGCUGUAACCAACUGGCCCAAGCCGAUUCCUCUGAUCCCUUGUCUUUCCUGGACUACUGCUUCGAAUGUUUUUACCACUGGAGUGUUAAGUAGAGCUGUGAACUGGAGGGAACUGGAGAAGCAGUACGCCAUGCACGCCGUCUACGAGGACGAGAUCAUCCAGAUGCUGGAGUACUGCGGGACGGACUCUUUCCGGAUGGGCCAGGACUUUGUGCGGGACGCCCCGGGCAGCUUCGACAAACUCUCGAACGUGUCCCUGUCUCCCGAGCUGCUGUUGCAGCAGAGGGACGCUGGGGACCGGUUGGAACACAUGCUGUCGUCCUCUGUUGGUGGCAGGCAGACACACAUCGACGCACUUCACAGCAAGAGCGUGAGCCGCAGCGCAAGCCAGCGUCGCUCGCUGCAGCGGGAGUCACUCUGCUUCAUGAAGGGGGUGAUGGACGAGUGCACACACAUCGCCAACUUCUCAGUGCCGGUGGAUCCCAAUCUGAUCAUCAUCAUCCAGGCUAAAGAGGACGCCUACGUGCCUCGCUCAGGCGUGCGCAGCCUGAAGGAGGUCUGGCCUGGCUGUGAGGUUCGCUACCUCAACGGGGGCCACAUUACCGCCUAUCUGUUUAAACAGGCAAUGUUCAGACAGGCCAUUUACGAUGCCUUCGAGCGUUUUGUUCAGAAGUAUCCUUUAUUAUUAUAGCCACGGAUCUGUGUUGUGCCAAGGACACUGUAAAGUAAAAUUAAUGCAACUAACAUAACACACCAGGACUCACAACAGAUCUGAAGCGAAACCUCUCUACACCGUGGUGCUACUGAAGAAUGACUAGUGUUUACAUAUCAUUACAGUAUAACGUUUAUAGACAUUUAUGAAAUAUGUCCUUAACCGCCCAUGUUUGGAACGCCAAACCGCAUUUCAUCUACACCUUCUAUCAUAAUUCAAAUAUAUAUAUAUAUAUAUAUUUUACCACCUCAGCCUUUUCUUUAAACCCCAGGUGCAUUUAUUAAUCACAGAUCACUGCCAAUCCUGAGGGAGCAUCAGAUUAUAAAUCACGUUUUAUGAUUUGAAAAAUUAAAAUAUUCUCAUUUGCAUUAUUAUUCUUUUUUAUCCCUUGAACGAUUUAUUUCCUACAUGUAAUAACUACUUUUCCAACCCUUCAUAUUUCUGUAUCUCAACUCUGAAAUAAAAAGCACACUUUGAAGACUGA